CUCGCAUCGGGCCUUAACUCAGAAAAAGAAUGGGCCAGAUUUGAAUGGCCCGGGAAGGGUGAUAUAAAAGAUCGACGAUCGCCGGCAACGAAGGAACAAAGCCUAAUCUCACUCACUUCUCCUUCUUCCUUCCUUACUGAGACGAAGAAGCGCAGUAGCAGCCGCCAUGAGUAGGUCCGGGCAGCCGCCAGAUCUCAAGAAGUACAUGGACAAGAAGCUUCAGAUUAAAUUGAAUGCCAAUCGCAUGGUUGUUGGGACGCUUCGUGGGUUUGAUCAGUUCAUGAAUUUGGUCAUUGAUAGUACUGAGGAAAUUAAUGGCAAUGACAAGAAUGAAAUUGGCACUGUGGUUAUUAGGGGAAACAGCGUUGUAACAAUCGAAGCACUGGAACCGGUUGCCAGAUCAUAGCUAUUGGCUACCAAUGCAAUUGUGUCAGUUUCUAUCUACAAAUUGUGCUUCUUUGCAGAGAUAUCUCUAGUACUCUUAAGCAAUUUAUGCAGAACCAGUAACGAAAUUCGAGAUUGAGCUAUGUUUGAUUACUAUGUGCUUGGUGACAAUGGAUUUCAUCUUUUUAUAUGGUUCAUGGAGUCAUGGUGCACUUACUAACACAUCCGUUUGGCAUGGUGUAGUUCGGUUACACAUUUGUGCAAUACUCGGAAUGACUUUGUUGAACUAUGCUUCUUUGAUUCCUUCUACUUUUUAACUCUCCAUCUUUUUUCCCCUAAGGCCUCCAUUAUGAGUCCUUUUUGGUUAUGGAUAAUGAUUAAAUUGCUCAAUCUCUU